ACAGCAGAGGAAAAUGCAUUGCUAUAAAAGGUAACUUUCACAGUUUUGCUGUAUUUUAAUGACAUUAUUCAGUGUGAAGGUGUGCGCUCACCAGUAAUUUCAGAGUGUUUACUGGCUGUGUCGUUCUGUUUACAGUAACCGAGAUACUGCAGGAUGCUCCUGACUCACAGUGGGAUGCCAUGGAUUGUGUUGACAGUCCUCAGCCUCUGCCCGGCUGCGUGGAGUGCUUUGAACGUGACCCAACCCUACAAAGUGGUUAGCACCAAUGGUACAGCACGGGUCCAGUGCUUUGUCGAACCCAGACCCUCCUUCCACCAAAUCCAACCCUCCAACGAACAUAUCCCACCGUACCCAUACCCUGACCCUGAGGAACUCCGCGUGACUCUGCUGAAAGGCCUCCAAGGCACCCAGGAACUCUGCUCGUCCACCCUUAGCUUGACAGAGCAGACACAGCCAGGAGUAGAGAAAGACAGAGAGGUGCAGUGCUCUGCUCGGCUGAGAGAGGGUGCUGUGGAAGUGACAGUGUCCGGACUGAAAGCCACAGACACAGACCUGUAUCGUUGUGGGAUAGAGAUCUUCUACCCACCACCAUAUCUGCAGCUCACUGGCAACGGCACACUCAUUCAUGUCUUAGGCAGCUCCGACUGUCCUGGGCCGGAGACUCACAGACAGACCGCAAAGCAGGGCGAUGAAGAAGAGGAGGACGAGGAGAGGAUAACAUCAGACACAUCUGUUCCUGUGGUUGUACUGGUGAUACUGGUCAUAUGUGUCCUCAUCAUCAUAAUCUACUUCCAGGCUAAACAGUGUGAGCGAGGGAGGAGAGAGAUCAGAGUCCAACCAGUGCCUGAUGUGUUUCUCAAGGUGGACGCUGCUGCAAUUUCCUGUUAAAACUGACAAACACGCGGGGGACUCUAGCUCACCCAAUAAGAGCGUGCGCCCCAUGUAGGCUGAGUUCUUUGCAGCCGCCCGGGUUCAGACCUGUGGCCCUUUUGCUACGUGUCAUCCGACC